AUGUGUAGUAAUUCAACACUCAAUGUAUCCUUUCUGAUAUGGUUCGAUGGGCAAAUUGUAAACUCCCCCCGUGGAGUAGAAUAUCACGGUGGUUGUCGAGUGGAGAUGCCACUCAGUGAACGAAUGAAUUUCGAUAAAUUGGUUAACAUUUGUAAAAGAGCAGUUUGUAGCGGACCGAACUCUACUAACUCAGAAGUGGAGAUUACACAAAUUUUAUUCAGACUGCCUAAAUUUGUAAGGGGUGAAGUAGAUUCGUACGCACUCUUUUUAGUGCAGGACAAUAACCAUUUAUUUGGAAUACUAACCGAAUCUAUGAGAUGUCCGAAUCUACGAAUUAUGGAGUUCUACGUUGAGUACCGGAUUUUGGGUGGAACUGAAAUUUCGCUGGAUAAUUUGGAGUUAAGCGAUUCGAGCGAGUCAGAGUGGGACAAUGAGUCAGUAAGGAGCAGUGACGAAGAUGAAGACGAACACUUUUAUGAGAGCGACGAAGAUGAUGCAGGAGACAUCGACGCCGAGUUAGGAAUGGCCAAUUCGGGAGAACAAACUCAUUACCAGUCGCAGCUCCCUGAACACGUUAGUCGUGUAAAUGUUGACGAUUUCGUAGUUGACUUGAAUGAGGGUGAGACCCCGAAUUUUACUUGGCAGCCAGGAAUGGAGUUUCAAACGGGGAUGACCUUCAAAAGUCGUGAUGUUGUUCAGAUCUGUGCAACCGCUUAUUCAAUCGCUAUGGGGAAGGAGCACCAGUUUCAUCGGACUACCCCCAAGACAAUCGUGUUUGUUUGCCGACACAACGAAAUCUGCGGAUGGUGGUUGCGAGCAACCAAACUACAGACAAAUCAUACAUGGACCCUGACAAAAUAUAUAGGGCCACACACGUGCGAUCAUUUUAUGACAGGUCGCGACCAUCGAAACUUUAAGUCUAGUCAAAUCGUAGAAUUUAUCAAGGACCUGGUGUUGGAACAACGCGACAUUCACAUCAAGACGCUGAUGGCUGGUAUUUUGGAAAGAUUUUCUGUAAUGCCUACCUAUAAAAGAACUUGGUUAGCUAAGGAGAAGGCAAUAUGCAGCGCCUACGGAAACUGGAAGGACUCUUUCGCCGAAGUUUGUAGCUUCAUGGCCAAUGUGAAGGUCACAAAUCCCGGAUCAUUCUGGCAUGCAGAAGGCGAUCCAAUUUACACAAACCACUCGCAAAAUCCCCGAGUGAGAAUGUUUCGCAGAAUAUUAGUGACGGUUUAUUGUAUAUUGUCACAGCGCGAUUUGCAGGAGAGAACCCAUGUUACGGGGGAGGCCAGUUCGAGUGCCGCUCGCAGGAUUAGGUUUGGUGCACGAAGUUCUCAGCUUGCUACCAUGGAGGAUCGCAGGGACGUCACACUUCCCCCUCCUGAGCCAGCCGACCAACCAUACCAGCUGCCUCCGCUCCCUCCCUGUCAGGUCGAUUUAAGCUCUAUUAGAGGACGGCGUCGACAGCCACGCAGAAUGCCUCCACAGCCCCGUCCAGAGCAUGUGUACCCUAUCCCAGAGCCAUUAUUUUUUCACACGGAGGUGGCGGGUACCUCAGACAUACCGCAGGCGGACUACUGGGAAAGACAACAUUACGGGUCAACCUCCGGGGCGACACCCCAAGCAUCAUAUCCACAGUUUCAGGUCCCGCCUGCGUCGAUGCCGUAUGUUGACUCAUUUUUUGGAGAUACGACCUUUACGACCACUCAGGAUCCACCAGGGCCAUCUGAGUCACAGGUCCCCCCGGCGCCGAUGCCGUAUAGUGACUCAUCUUUUAGACAUACGACAUUUGCCAACACUCGAGAUCCUUUUGCGCCAUCUGAUUCACAGGUUCGCCAGCCGCCGAUUCCGUCUUUCCAUUCAUAUCUGGGAGAGAUGGGAUAA